GGACUUUUUCAGGUUUAUAACAAAACUCAGAAAAUGCUAAAGCUUAAAGGAGAAUUGAGAGGUGCCAAGGAAAUGAAAGAUGAGGUGGGGGAGAGGGACAGAGAAGUGAGCAGCCUGAACAGCAAGCUCUUGAGCCUACAAGCUGACAUCAAGAAUCUACACGAUGUCUGCAAGAGACAGGGGAAGACCUUGCAGGAAAAUCAGCUCUGUGUGGAGGAGGCAAUGAUGAACAGCAGCCAUAAAAAGAAGCAAGCAUUAGCAUUCGAGGAGUCACACAUGAAGUUUGAACCCAAUAAACAGUGUCAUCUGAGACAACUCCAACAGCUCAGGAAAAAGUUGCUGGCCCUUCAACAAGAACUAGAGUUUCGCACCGAGGAGUUGCAGACUUCUUACUGUUCUCUCCUGCAGUAUCAGUCCGUUCUGGAGAAGCAGACUUCUGACCUCGUCAUUCUCCACCAUCACUGCAAAAUGAAAGAAGAUGAGGUGAUUCUCUACGAGGAGGAAAUGGAAAAUCAUAAUGAGAACGCAGGGGAGAAGCUCCAUUUGGCCCAGGAGCAACUUGCCUUGGCUGGGGAUAAGAUCGUCUCCCUAGAAAGGAGUUUAAACCUCUACAGAGAUAAAUACCAGACUUCCCUGAGCAACAUCGAGUUACUGGAGUGCCAAGUGAAAAUGCUGGAGGGGGAGCUCAGCGGGAUCGUCGGUCAGGAGACCGAGAACAAGGGUGAUCAUUCAAAGGUGCGUAUAUACACUUCUCCCUGCAUGAUUCAAGAGCAUCAGGAGACCCUGAAACGACUGUCUGAAGUCUGGCAAAAGGUCUCUGAACAGGAUGAUCUAAUACAGGAACUUCGAAACAAGCUAGCCUGCAGUAACGCUUUGGUUCUGGAGCGUGAAGAGGCUUUGAUAAAAUUACAGGCAGACUUUGCUUCCUAUACAGCCACACACCGACAUCCCCCUAGCUCCUCAGAAGAUUGUGAAGACAUCAAAAAGAUAUUGAAGCACUUACAGGAGCAGAAAGACAGCCAGUGCCUGCACGUGGAGGAGUACCAGAACCUCGUGAAGGACUUGCGCAUGGAGCUAGAAGCUGUGUCAGAACAGAAGAAAAACAUCAUGAAGGACAUGAUGAAGCUGGAGCUGGACCUUCAUGGGCUGCGGGAGGAGACAUCUGCCCACGUGGAAAGGAAGGAUAAGGAGGUCAUCAUCCUGCAACGGCGGCUGCAGGAGCUGCAGGUGCAGCUCACUGAGACCCAGAAGCUUGGUCUGAACAAAGACAAGCUCCUCCAAGAGAAAGAUGAAAUGCUGCACGAGCUAGAGAAGGAAAUGUCGCAAGUUCAGAACAACCUCGUGAAAAAGGAGAUGGAGUUGGAGAAGCAGCAGUGUGUGACCAGUGAACUCGAACUCUCCAUCCAGGAGGCGAAGCAGGAUAAGUGCAAGGCGGAGUACGGGCACCUGCGAGCCGAGAUCAAGAAGCUGAAGGACUGCCUGGAGGAUGCCGAGCAGCAGCAGAGGCUGGCUGGUGAGGCUCGGGCCACUCAGCAAGCAGUCCAGUAUAAAGAAGAGGCCACACAGGCAAAGGAUAACCUGGAGGAGUCCCAGAGGAAACUGCAAAGCUCCAUCUUCCUGGAGAAGCAGAGGACAGAGACCAUCCAGGAGCUCCAGAGAGAAAUUCAGAAGCUGCAGAAGGAUUCCUUGAUGGUUGAGGAGGAACUCACACCCAGCAGGAAACGGAUAGAGGAGCUGACAUUCGAACUCUCUGAGGCCUCGAGGAAGCUGGAAUGUUCAGAGAAGGAAAAGAGGCAGUUUCAGAAGACAGUGACUGACCAGGAUACAAAACUGAGUGAACUGCUAGAUCGUAUAAAUAUCGUUCAGCACCAGAACAGGGAGCAAGCCUCCUCCAGAUGCAGCCUCGAAGAACAGCUUCAGGAAGUAACCAGGUUGCUGGAGGAGAAACGGGAACAUUUGAAAAAGAGCAAAGAGCAAGAGACGAUAUUGGAAAAAGAGCUCGAGACAUUCCGACAGGAAGAAAGAAAGAAAGAAAAGACGGCAAAGGAGAAUCUGAGAAAGUUGGAGGAGGAAAAUGAGAACCUCGCAUUAAAGCUAAAGCAGUGUUCUACACAACUGGAUGCUGCUCUCUGCAGAGAAAGCACCACUCAAAAAAUCAACCAAGAGCUGAAUAGUAAGAUAACCACUCAGAAAGAGACCAUAGAGAGUUUGCAGAUUCAGCUGGACAAGGCUGCACAGAAAGAAAAGCAAUGCCUCCAGACCAUGGUCAGUAAAGAAGUCUAUGAGGAGUUAUGCCGGAAGUCAGCCACCUGCCAAGACGACCUAACACAUGCCCUGGAGAAGCUCAAUCAUUCCACCUCGGAGACAAAGAGUCUGCACCGAAGCUUGACCCAGGCCCAAGACAGGAAACUUCAGUUGGAAGAAGAAAUCGCUGCUUACGAGGAGAGGAUGAAAAAGCUUAACGUGGAAUUAAAAAAACUCCAGUGCUUCCAGCAGCAGAGUGAGAUAGAGGUGCAUGCCUUUGACAAGAAGCUGGAGGAGAUGAGCAACCAGGUGAUGCAGUGGCAGAAGCAGCACCAGAGCGACCUCAAGAUGCUGGCUGCUAAAGAGGAGCAGCUCAGAGCGUUCCAGGAGGAAAUGUCCGCCCUGAAGGAGAACCUCCUUGCGGACGAGAAGGAGCCCUGUUGCCUGCCCCAGCGGUCUGCACCCAAAGACACGUGCAGGCUGCACCAGGAGAAUGAUGAGAAGAUGUGCAACAUGGAGCAGUGGGCAAAAGAGCAGAAGAUUGCCAAUGAGAAACUAGGAAACAAGCUCCGUGAGCAGGUCAAAUAUAUCGCCAAGCUGACUGGUGAAAAGGACCAUCUCCACAAUGUAAUGGUCCAUCUGCAAAAGGAAAACAAGAAACUAAAGAAUGAAAUAGAGGAAAAGAAGCUGAAAGCCGGGCCCUCACGGGUAUAUACCAAAGCCCUAUGCCCCAACAAAACAGACCCCACACCAAGAGGGAAAGUGUAUGGCACCGUGGGCUGGAGAGGGAUCACCCAGGAUGUGAGCCAAAGAAUGGACAUCACCAAGUUUAUCGGGAUGCCCCACUGCUCAGGUACGUCCACCUCGUGGCUUUUGCUGCCUACUCUGAUGUUGUCUUUCUUAGUCCAAUGGGUCACAAAAACCUAGCAUGGUAUUCUUUUUUGAGAGACACUGGAUUGAACAUUCAAAUAGGGAAAAACAAACAAACAGCAUUUGCUCAUCUGCUCUGGACCAGAGACCAUUGUUUUCCCGUCUGUUAAGGAAGGAGGUAAAUGAACUAAGGCUCAUUCGGAUCCAAGAACCUUUGAUAAUACCCACGUUCCUCCUAUCUCAGACGCAUCCCUUCUCUUUGACCCAGACCCUUUGGGGAAGGUGGAGAUAAGAGGGGAACAGGCAAAAUAGGCAGCUUCCUCCCAUAAUGUGUUCUGGAAACCUCACAAGAAUGCCCCAGUGCCCUGCACAGCCUGGGGCUGUGGCUACCUUUUCUGCCACUUCUAGACCCCAUGUUACCCCUGAGGGAAGAAGUCACCUGUAACAGAGCUGCCUGGCAUGAAGCUAGUCCUUGAGGAAUCCCCUCAUUCAUUUCUCCUCAAAUCAAGACUGUCAUUUCCUCCCUGUUCCCUCAGGUUCCUCAUUUUGCUAGAAUCAGCGCCUUGCCCUGAGCAUCAUUACCACGCACGUUUUUCAGAGGACAGUGAGUUCCCAUUCCUCUCUCUUGACUUGGAUCAGCUCUUACGGGAAUAUGUCAAGGUCCCAGCCUAUUCUGCAAGAUGCUAACGUUUUAUUGAGUUUUGUCCACUUCCUGCAGUGAAGUGAGCAUACUACCAUCUCCAGGCCCAAACUCUAAAAUAAAGACAUGAGCACAGCAGUCUCAGUGAGCUCCUGGCGUCUUGCAGACACUUUUGCCCCCCUCAAGCCCCAGCAGUGUAUUCAUCCCUGUUUUCUCUGAAUUCUAAAACAUAUAGGGUCCUCUUCGGGAUAUAUAGGGUAGCUAUAAUUCCCAAAGCA